CUUUCACAAAUAGUGAGAAUUCAAUAACGAAGAAAUGGCUGUUACCCUCAACAGCGGGUUCACAAUGCCAAUAAUCGGACUGGGUGUGUGGCGUAUGGAGGGUAAAGAUAUCAAAGAUCUCCUCAUAAAAGCUAUCAAAAUCGGUUAUCGUCACUUUGAUUGUGCCGCAAAAUACCAGAAUGAAGGAGAAGUUGGGGAGGCACUAGCCGAGGCAUUUAAGUUGGGAUUGGUGAAGAGGGAGGAUCUCUUCAUUACUACAAAGGUGUGGAACUCCGAUCAUGGACAUGUUGUGGAGGCUUGCAAAUCCAGCUUGAAAAAGCUUCGACUAGACUAUCUGGAUCUUCUCCUUGUUCACUUUCCCAUUGCAACAAAGCAUACUGGAGUUGGUACACCUGCAAGCGCAUUGGAUGAAAAUGGUGUUUUGGAUGUUGACACCACGAUUUCAUUAGAGACCACAUGGAAUGCCAUGGAACAAACCGUCUCCAUGGGCUUGGUUCGCAGCAUUGGGAUUAGCAACUAUGGCAUUUUGUUGACAAGAGAUUGCUUAGCUUACUCGAAAAUAAAGCCGGCUGUAAACCAGAUUGAAACACAUCCUUAUUUCCAACGCGAGUCUCUUGUUAAGUUCUGCCAGAAGCAUGGAGUUGUAGUUACAGCUCACACUCCCCUAGGUGGCUCCUUGGCUAAUGCAAAGUUAUUCGGUUCGGUCUCUUGCUUAGAUGACCUAGAUCUCAAAGGCUUAGCUGACAAGUACAAGAAAAGUGUGGCACAAGUGGUUCUCCGAUGGGGCAUACAACGGAACACCAUAAUCAUCCCUAAAUCAUCAAAACACGAACGACUUGCAGAGAAUUACAAAGUGUUUGACUUUGAGUUGACCACGGAGGAUAUGGAGUUCAUCAACAGCAUGGACCGCAAAUAUCGAACCAAUAACCCUGCCAAGUUUUGGGGCCUCGAUAUUAAUGAUUAAACCAACAACUAGUGUUGUUCAAGAUUGUAAGAACUCUUUGUUGGACGAAUCUUGAUCUUCACGGUUGCAUGAGAGAUGAAUUGGAGUAUUGAGUCAUGGUUUAGUUUGAAUUAUAAAUAAAGAUUAUGAUAAGUAUGGGUUUAUUUUAUUAGUAUUCGAGUCAUAGAAGGUUGUGGUUUGGUUAAUACCGAUCUUGGUAUACAUUGUCGGUGCUCGAGUUAUUGGGAGUUCAAAUUAAUAAAAAAGAGGUAUAAUUUCUGGGGUGUUUAUCAUU